AGGCAGCCGCAGUGUUAUGGCGGCGGAUACCUGCGCGCUACUGACCGCACAGCCGUGAGCUCUUAAGCUACAUAUUAAUACUACUGUACACAUGCUAGUCGUAUUGGCACACGCUCAGUGAUCGCAGGAAGCGGCGGCUCGUCGCUCAGCUCUCGCGGAUGGAGCACAUCCGACUACCGAAGGUGGAGAACGUCAGGCUGCUUGACAGAGUCUCCCCCAGAAGAAGUAGGGUGGGCACCCUCUACCUGACAGCCACGCACACCAUCUUUGUGGAGAAUGAGGCCGGAGUGCGCAAUGAAACCUGGGUGCUUCACAGUUUGGUGUGCAGCGUGGAGAAGCAAGCCGCCACGGCCUCGGGAUGCUCUCUGCUCGUCCGCUGCAAGAACUUCCAGGUCCUUCACUUCGUCGUACCCCGGGAGCGAGAGUGCCACGAUGUUCACCUGUCCCUACAGCGUCUCUCCCAGCCAGAGCGUUGCGAGGAGCUGUACUGCUUCUCCUAUAAACCCAACGUCGAUGAGGCGGAGAGACGGCAGGAAUGGGACUUUUUGGACCUCAAGGCUGAUUACAGCAGAAUGGGACUCCCAAACUCCCUGUGGAAAUUCUCCCCUGUCAACCAACACUACAAGGUGAGCGACACGUACCCCGCUGACCUGUUCGUGCCUCAGUCCGCCACACCUCCGGUCAUAGUGGGGAGCUCCAAGUUCAGGAGCAGAGGCAGAUUUCCUACUCUCUCGUACUACUCCAAAGAAAAUCAUGCCGCCAUCUGCCGCAGCAGCCAGCCCCUGUCGGGUUUCAGCGCUCGCUGCCUGGAGGAUGAACAGAUGCUGGAGGCCAUCUUGAGGUCCAAUCCCCGCAGCGACUUCAUGUAUGUGGUGGACACUCGGCCUAAGCUGAAUGCAAUUGCAAACCGAGCUGCAGGAAAAGGCUACGAAAACGAGGACAACUACUCCAACAUUAAAUUCCAGUUCAUCGGCAUCGAGAACAUCCACGUCAUGAGAAACAGCCAGCAGAAAAUGCUGGAAGUGUGUGAGCUGCGUUCCCCCUCCAUGUCCGACUUCCUGGAAGGUCUGGAAAGCUCAGGCUGGCUGAAGCACAUCAAAGCUGUUUUGGAUGCAGGCAUCUUCAUCGCCAAGGCUGUUGCAGAGGAGGGGGUCAGUGUCCUGGUGCACUGUUCAGACGGUUGGGACCGCACUGCCCAGGUGUGUUCAGUGGCCUCUGUGCUGCUGGAUCCUCACUACAGGACCCUCAGAGGACUCAUGGUUCUAAUUGAGAAAGACUGGGUCUCAUUUGGACACAAGUUCUCUCACAGAUGCAACCACCUGGUUGGAGACCCGAAGGAGGUGUCCCCCGCCAUCGAUCAGUUCCUGGAGAGCGUGUGGCAGCUUAUGGAGCAGUUCCCCUGUGCCUUUGAGUUCAACGCCAGGUUCCUCAUCACCAUUCACAGCCACGUCUACUCCUGCCAGUACGGCAACUUCAUUGGCAACAACCAGCGGGAGAGGGUGGAGCUGCGAUUGCGUGAGAGGACUCACUCUUUGUGGAGUUAUCUGUGGAAGAACCAGACCGACUACAUCAACCCUCUGUACCGACCAGACCACAGCCAGACACAGGGGCUCCUCCGGCCCUCUACUGCCCCCUACUGCUUUAAGUCUUGGAGGGGGCUGUACAACCGGUUUGACCCAGGGAUGCAUCCUCGACAGUCUGUGGAGGACUAUCUGAGUGCCAUCCAGGAGGAGACGCAGCAGCUGGAGGAGCAGCUGGCUUCACACAAACAGAAAAUUGCUCAGCUGGAGCAGGACCAGGAGGGGAGUGUUACCCAGGAAGCCGUCUCCUUUGAUAGGAGCCCCACAGCGUGGGCUCUUGGCAGUGACCUGGGUCUGGCCAACACCCCUCAGGACUACACCGGGUGCUUCGUCACCAGCAGCCCCUGUCAGCCUAAAGCGCCAGACGGCAGCCUGGUCCUCCUGACCCAGGACUCCAACCUGUCCAACGGCAGCGACCAGGAGUCCGGGAUCGCGGACGUGAGCUGUCGCUCGCCUCUCAGUGAGGACAGCACCAGGGACCCCGACUCUGAUGAGGCCGCCUACUCAGCUGCCUGAGGCAAAUGUAGCGUCUGAUGGAAGGUGAAGCAGCAACCAGCCGUCCACUGAACAGACCUCUACAUUCACUAUGUAACCCAGAUAUUGGCUUUAAAAUCCUUUACACGUGUGCUGUGGCAGAUUCUCCCUGUUGCCACACACAUAAGUUUACUAUACGUUGUUUACUGUAGUGGACCACAUGUCACCCCUUACUUUCCUGUCAUGUCUGUUGUUGAAGGCAGAGGUAACCCAUGAGUGUGUGCACAGGAAGUUAAUACACAAUAAGAUUCAUGUUGGAGACAUUUCAAGAUUUGAUUGAGGCCACGGCAAAAAACUAUUGAACAAACUCAAGAGUGAGUUACGAACAAUUCUGAACAAUUAAAUGCACUUCAAUGUAGGCGUGCAAGUGUGUCAACACAUCAAGUUAAUGAGCCAUUUAGCUGUAAUCAUUGUAAACAUGAACAAAACAACCAGAGCUCCAAAGAGACAUAAUCAUCACUUUAGUUGCAUUGUUUGUGCUUAAAGACGGCAACAGAUGAUGAUGAUGAUGAUGAUGAUGAUGAUGAGGGGGGUGAAACAUAACAGCAGACUCAAGUUGUAGCUCAACAACGAUAUGACAUAUGUACAGAAUACAGGCUGUUUGACACAUGGCGCUAAUUGUCAUUCAGAAUUACUCGCCUCUAGCAAAGAUGAUUUUUUCCUUUUUCUGUAAAGUGUUUUCGUGAAUUUCCAUUUUCUUUUGCUAAUUUAAAGUUAAAAUGUCAAUGUAGCGCUGCCUCAACCCUAAAGGGCAUUGAUAGAGACUGAACCAAACUCACUGAGGCCCUCACAGCGACCUCUGCUGGGGGUUGGAGUCAUUACACUAUAAUGACCAGUGGGUAGUUGUGGUUGAUUGACACCUUGGGGUCCACACACACACCUGGUGGUGUUCAACUUGAUGCACCAUGUCUUCGCUUUGAAAAGUUAUCGAACAAGCGACUCAUUACAUUUCUGUCCACAAUAUUUCAACACCAGAUUUGCUGUGAUCAAACCAAAAGUCUUACCAAAGGGAAUCAACCCUCUGCUGGUAUGAAGAAGUGAUGACUGACGCAGAAGAGAGCACGUGAACACAAAUACACUGCUGCUUUUGGCCAGGAGGUUACCGACUGACUUUUUGACUAUUGGCGCCAACUCGACUGUAAAGGUGGCAUUACAAUUACUACCAAUACUGCAAUUGAACAAUGCCAAGGGUAUCAAGCAAAGCAUGUUAAGAUUGUUAUACUAUGAUGUAUGUUUUUGACUACUUGUUUCAGUGUAUGUUUUUAUUUGUAUGAGAGGGAUUACUAAUGCCUGACCUUGUGUAAAAGAAAGAGCUUUAUGUUGCUGCGUUUGUGUUAAAUGUGGAAUAAGAGCCAAAUGUGUAAUUUGUAUUUGAAAUAAAUAAAUCCAUUCUUGUCAAUCAUCGUGA